AUGAUUCUGCUCAUCCUGAUGAUUCCGACGGCCGCUUCCGUCUUCCAUCAAUCGCAUCGCUUCUACAAUGAGACGGAAGCGCGUCAAGUGUUCGAUCUCGUCGCCGCCUCGUAUUCGCAACACGCCGAGGAGUGCGUGACGGCGCGAUUUCCCGACUCGCGCGUCAUCAAGAACAUCGAGUUGAAGUGCGACGUGUGGUUCGGCAGCAAAUGCGCCGCCUAUGUUGCCGUCACUGAAUCCCGACGUUUGAUGACUAUCGUGUUUCGCGGCACCACGACAACGAUUCAAUUAUUCUCGGAGCUAUCGUCAUUCUACUUCCAAUAUGAAUCAUUUGAUGAUAUUGGCGAGAUCAAUCACUACUUCAAAAAAGGCCAUGAAGCGCUCUGGCCGGCGAUCCAUUCAAUCCUCUCCGACGCCGCCUAUGAGGACUACGAUGUGCUGUUCACCGGCCACUCGUUGGGCGGCGCGUUGGCGGUGCUCGCCGCGGCGCGCGCCAUCCAUCGAGGCCUUCGCGAUCGUCAUCAAGUCAAAGUGUUGACGUUCGCCGAGCCGCGCGUCGGCAAUCUCAAAUUCGCGCGCAACUUCGAUCGGCUCGUCAAAUACAGUUUUCGGAUAGUCAACGGCGCCGACGCCAUCGUUCACGCGCCGCCCUGCCACAAAGACUACUCAUUUUUGCCGUCGUUCAAUUUGCCGUGCGAUCCGACGAGCGUCGAUGGUCCCUACCAUCAUAUGACCGAAGUAUGGUACCCGAAUGGCAUGAGCCAAGGUAGUCGAUAUAUUGUGUGCGACGGGUCGCCGCGCGGCGAGGAGCACGUCUGCUCCAACAGUCUCGCGACAACAUUUGCCAACGCCUCGAAAGCAAUCGCGGACCAUCGGAAAUAUUUCAACUUGAUGGUGUCGCAAUAUGGUCGCGCGGGAUGCAAUCCGAAAAAAGACUACGACGAGAGCCAAUCAUUUCUAAUACAAAUUGAGAGCGUGUUCAAAUAUUUGCAUAAAUUGUUCUAUUAG